AUGGCCCGGCGCUACUCCAGGAUCUGCGGCCCACAGAUGGGAGGCGCCGUGAGGAAGCGCCCCGCCGCCGCCGUCGGCCGCGCGGGCUUUGCCCGGUGGCGUCCUCCGGCAGCAGCGCGGCAGGGAGUAUCUAUCUUGGGAUUCAGGGUGGGGGCGGUGGUUGCCAGCGGUGGUGGGGGCGUUGGUGGGGCGGUGGCCGGAGAAAAAGCUCAGGCAGCGGUAUACAUAGUGUGUUCCCCAGCCGGAAUCGUGGCGAUGGAGCCGACAGAGGACAUUGAGUUCCUCUGGAAGUGGCGCAAGUACCUGCUGCUGCUCGCCACACUGGUCGCCAGCGUCACCUACGGCGCCGGCCUCAACCCGCCCGGCGGCGUGUGGUCCAAGGACCACGAUGGAGGCAACACCCCACAGCAGCGCGCCGGCGCCGUCCAGCCACCAGCGCGACCGUCUCUUGCGGUGUCCCCGGCGCCGGCGGUCUACCCAUUCCGCGUCGGCGAUCCCGUGCUGGUGUCCACCUACUCGGCCCGGUACACCGCUUUCUUCUACUGCAACGCCACAGCCUUCGUGGCGUCUCUGGUCAUCAUCAUGUUCCUACUGGACCGGCGCCUCAGCGGUAACCGCGUCGGCCUCACCGUGCUCCGCUCUGCCAUGCUGCUGGACCUGCUGGCUCUCAUGGCCGCCUUCGCCGCUGGGAGCUGCCGCAGCGUGCCUGGGUCCAUCUAUGUCUCCUCGCUCUUCGCCAUCGUCUUCGUCUACGUUGCCAUCCACCUCCGCGUGGCCUCGAGGAGUGAAGCGCCGGCCGCGGACGCGGAGGAGAAGAGGCGCCUCAAGGAGCAGCGCAAGUUCCUGCUGCUGCUGGCCACCUUCGCGACGCCGCUGGCGUACGGCGCGGGGCUGGCGCCGCCGGGAGGCUUCUGGAGCGAGACCCAGGAUCACGAUGGAGGCAACACCCCAGAGCACCACGCCGGCGCUCCGCUGCUGCACGACGGGCCCUACAAGAUCCGCUACCACAUAUUCUUCUACGCCAAUGCCAACUCCUUCGUGGCCUCCCUCGCCAUCAUCAUGCUGCUCAUGAGCAGGACGCUAAGCGACCGUCUCGUCCGGUCCAAAGCUUUGCUUGUGUGCGUCCUGGGGGAACUGCUUGGCCUCAUGAUCGCCUACGCCGCCGGGAGCUGCAGGUGGAUCCCCACCACCGUGUACAUCGUCUCCCUCGUCGGCGCCGUGCUCCUCUACAUCGUGUUGGUGUCAGCGUUCGGCCUCGACGCGAUCGAAGAAUGGCGUAAGAACCUCGUUGCCUGUGUUGGCCUUGGGCCAAAAGAUGAUGGGCAAGAAGUUGUAGCGAGGACAAUCAACAUCGGUGCUGGGCAAGAAGUUGCAGCAAGGACAAUCAACAUCGAAGAAAAGCUGGAGCAGACGCGGUCGCUUGUGCUCCUGCUGGCCACGCUGGCGGCGACGGUGACGUACCAGGCAGGGCUGAGCCCGCCGGGCGGCGUCUGGCCUGAAGGGUAUCAGAAUCGCAUCGCGGGGAACCCCGUUCUCCAUGACAUGCACCUCAAGAGGUACAUGGCGUUCUACCACUGCAACACGGCAGCAUUCGUGGCGUCGGUGGUCGUCAUCAUCAUCGUCCAGAGUAAGGUGCUGAGCACCGUCUGGGGUGCCAUGCUCCUGAAGACUGCCAUGAUACUUGACCUGUUCGGCCUCAUGGGCGCCUAUGUCGCCGGGAGCUGCCGGGAUCCCACCACUACCAUCUUCGUCGCCUCGCUGGCCGUCGCCGUCUUCCUCUACACCAUGGCCAAGGUCGUGGGCAAGCAGAGCUGGCUGGUACGGUGGGUGCAACGCAUGCAUGUAGCGUUGCUCCCCCCUGAGUUGCCCCGGAAAGGAGGAGGAGACGCACCUCAUGUUAUCAACCUCCCCGACGAGCCGUCCCAGCAAGGAGGAGAAGCACCUCAAGAAGCUUUCCAUGUCAUCCACAAUCCUGACGAGUCGUCCCGACAAGAAGAAGGUGCUCAUGGAGCGGCGCAUGUUCCUGCUGCUGCUGCUGUUGUGCACCUUGGUGGCGAGUCAUUCCGGCAAAGAGGAGAAGAAGCAACUGAAGGAGCGGCACAAGUUCCUCCGUCUGGAUCUGAGCGUAUUCUUGAAGAAAAAAAGCUCGAGAGGAAGCGCAAGUUCUUGCUGCAACUCGCCAUCCUCGCCGCCACCGUCACGUACCAGACAGGGCUGAACCCGCCGGGCGGAUUCUGGACGGAGAGCAAUGGGGAUAAGUUAGUCACCGCCGGCGACCCAAUCCUCCUCGACUAUUACGGGGUCAGAUACCAGGUGUUCUUCUACUGCAACGCGGCGGGGUUCAUGGCGUCCGUCACCGUCAUUCUCCUCCUGGUGAACCAGACGUUGUCCAAGCCGGGCAUCCGGACCAAGGCGCUCUACGUAUGCGUCAUGGUCGGGCUACUGGGCCUCAUGGGCGCCUACGCCGCAGGCAGCUGCCGGAAGCUGCGCACCUCCAUCUAUGUCUUUGCACUCGUGGCGGCCGUCGUGGCCUUCCUCAUCCUGGAGAUCCUACUUCAUUGGCUCGGCCGCAAGGGUUGGUCGAAGUGCCUCCCUAAGUGCCUAAGGAGGCUGUUUGAGACAUUGUCGACUGGGCCAGGCGGCGGCAGCAAGAACAAGAGCGACGAGGAGGUGAUCACCACCGUGGAUAAACUAGAGAGCGAGGACUAUGAGAAGCGUAAGUACCUGAUGGUGCUCGGCAUCCUGGCGGCGAGCGUGACGUACCAGGCUGGUCUCGCGCCUCCCGGCGGCACGUGGGGCGACGACGAUACCGCUUCGUCGUCGCCCUUGCCGUCCCCGUCGGCACACCCACCCACCGUCGCCGGCAACCCGAUCCUGCUUGACUUCAAUGCUGCACGGUACCAGGCCUUCUUCUACUGCAACGCAACGUCGUUCGUGGCCUCGGUCGUCGUCAUCUUGAUGCUGCUGCAUCGCACCACGAAGAAGCAGAAGCCCGGCGCGCCGCUGCGGGCGUUGCAGACCGCUGUGGUCCUGGACCUGCUCGGCCUGCUGGGCGCGUACGCCGCUGGCAGCUGCAGGGACUGGGAGACGUCAUCGUACGUCAUCGCGCUCGUCGCCGCGGUGGUCGUCUUCACCUUGAUCUAUGUGUUGCUGUCAUUCAACGUCGUGCGGGCCAAGGCCGAGGAGCUCACGGUGUGGAAGUACUUUUCACAAAAGGGGUUGAAAGACUCGGGAGCACGCAAUGAUCAUCAUCAGCCAGCCGGAAAUGGUGUGUAAUUAAUUAACUCUUCUUAUUCACCUAAAUUUUUAAUCUAUUCUUCUUGUUUUGCAUUCCCUUGAUUGGCAGUUUUUUUAGAUUAUUACCUUGAAUUAAUAAAUUUCAUUUCUUUUUUCUGAGUAUUCUCAUGAUCGGCAAUGCUGCUGAUCGGAUAACUUGUGCCUGAUUUUAUAUGAAUUACCUGUACAUUUUCAUUCACGAAAAAACAAACUACUUAUGCACAUUUUGAUUAAUUCAAUUCGGUUUUAAAUUGUGUAGUUGGAGAGGAUUCUGUUUUGAUGUGUUCGUGUAUCACACAUAACUACUGUCUAGUUCUUGGAAGUAGAUGAUCUUUUGACAACAA